UGGUCCUGCCCUACGGAGAAGGCUGGUGGAUCAGUGACCUGCAGGGGAACAAACAGCCAGAAGCAUAGGCAUCCAUCCAGCAACAUUUUCAUGUCUUCCGAGAUGGUCUUUCAGUUGGAAGGUGUGGAGCUAGGGGCAGAUGGAAAGGUUGUGUCCUACACCAAGUUCCUGUACCCCACCAAAGCCCUGGUCACACUUAAGCUGGACAGCCAUGGCCCAUGGCCUCUGCCCUGGCCCAGUGUCCCCCCCAGUCUUCCAAGGUUGAGAUGCAAAAUGGCCCCCACCAGGGUGACAGCAGCCGGCCUGGAAUUAUGGGCCAACAUGUGGGAUGCCCUUGGGUACCACCCUGACCUCCUGGACGACCCUCAGUGGCCCUGCGGCAAGCACAAACACAUCCUCAUUUUUGCAUCCUACAGGACCAUGGUGAUAGAGUAUUUGAAGCCCUCCAACCUUAAGAAGGACAUGAACGAGCAUUUCCAGAAGUUCCCACACCUCAAGCUGACAGUUAGUAAAAUCAGAAGUUUAAAAUGAGAGUGCAGCCUGGAGCCCCUGAUGGUGUCCAUGGCCUAUGUGCACUCGAAGCUGGUCCUGCAGGGCAAGUGUAACAGGCAGACCUGCCAGCUGUGCACAGGCACCUGCAUGCUGCUGGUGACCGAAAUCCGCAGCAACCUGCACAGGAAUGUUGUGAAGCAGCUCAUCGACAAGUUAGAAGGGAGGUUUCAAUUCAACAGAUCGAACCUCAUCGGGUUUGAGUUCACCAUGCUCAUGGCCUUGGAAUUUGCUCUGUACCUUCCCGAGAGCCAGGUGUUGCCUCAUUACCGACUUCUCAUGCAGCAGUUCUAGCCUGGCCCUCCUGAGCCUGGCACCCCGGCACCCCAGGCCUGCGGCAUGCACGUGGGCCCAGAGGUGGCUCCAGGCUCUGCGGUGUAGGCCACCAGCCUCCCUGGCUGUUGCUGCUCUUCCUUCCCACUCUUGCUUCUUGGGGGACUCUGCUUUCACUCCAAAGCACACCACACUGCCGCGGUAUUUCUGAGCAUCUUCCUGCGUUCUCCCAGGAACAAAAUGUGGGGGUUUGUUACUGUUUCUUUUCCUCCUGUGCCUGAGACUGGUCUGGCACCAGGAAUUUGAUUUGCGAUGCAUGGUGGUGAAUCCUGACUUUGCAGCAUCUUUUUCUUUCUUGGCGUCCCCUGGCCUUCUGCAGACUGUUGUAGCCACUGCACUAGCAUCUCAGUGGAGAUCUGUGUUUCCAGAUUUUCCUCAACCCACUGAAUUGCUGAGUUAACCUGUUGAAGCAUCAAUCUUGGCUAAUUUGUUGGGUGUAG